GUGUGAUAAAUGUUCGUAUUCCAAUUUCCAGCUGUUGUAGUUUUUAAAAUUAAAAUGUGAAUACUGAAAAACUGAAGACUGAAUUCAGUAAAUUGUGGUCUAAUGGUGUAUCGCAGAAUGCGGAUAUCGGAAGCAGCUCCACUUAUGUCACCACAUGACUAAAACCAGUCAUCGAUUGACGGAUUCUUCGGAUUGUUAAUCUGGAUUCUGGUAGUAACCGCGGACUAGGAUAUAAUGGACUGGAAAUGACAUGGUCGGCGGAGGUCAAGGGACGGCCACGAAAAGGUGUCACUUAGCUGAUAAGAACACUGUUCUUGAAGUUUUCAGCGCUACCGGUGGUUUUAUUUGGCUUCACAGUUUGUAUCUUAGUCCGUGUUAAUUGCAGAGGGCGCUGUGAACUCCAGGAACACAUAGCGACCCCCCGCACUUUACCUCUUGUAUAUACAUUCGUGGCCGUGAUAAGCUGGCAAGCUGCUCGUUUCCAGUCCAUUAUAUCUCGUUCUGUGGUAGUAACUAUAAAAAAAAUACUAACUACUGAGUAACUAUAGUAAGAAUUGUCUUCAACAUGCUGAGCUUUCCCAUUCUAAUAUUCUAUUAAUUACUAUUUAGUAUUUACUAUCCGUUAGGUACCUACUAAUAUCUUUGUGUGUAGGCGUGUAACAUUGAUUAGUGUUGACGUAUUCUGGUAUAAUAUUCGUCUACUGGCUACUAGCUAGACAGUUAUCUUUACACCAUGGACAGAAUUAUACAGUUGUUGUACAAGAUGUCUGUCGCACCCUCAUCCCCUUGUGAGGGAUGCUAUGAUGCCGAGUGAGAUUCUCUAAAAAAAAAAGCCUUUUAGAUUCCAUCUUCACAAUGACAUCAACGGAAUAUAGGUUCAAACAUUUAGUGUUUGACAUACACCCUAAGAACCCACCAGAUUGGGACCGUCCUCUUUGUGUAAUUGAUCAGGGGAUUGCGUGUAAUGAUGACUACUUGUUUAAAUACAAUCGCUAUCGAAAGCAUAAGUCUGAGGAACUUGCUAAUGAGACUCUGAAAAAAUAUAAUUUUAUUGCUGAUCGUUGGGAAACAAUAAAAUGUAAAAAUUUGCCGACAUGUUUUAAAUUAACUUCAAUUUUGCUGUCAGGAAAUUUAAUUGUUAUUCAUGGUGGAAAAGACUUUGAGUACAUUAAUGAAUACUCUUUUCAACUUUUCAUCGGAAAUUUAUCAAAAAAAAAUCAAAACGACUGUGUAGAAUUUGAAGAGAUUUGUUCUACAGAUGGAAUACCCAUUACUGAAUAUGGUCAACCAGUUCAUAUUGAUGGACAAUUUAUAUACUCUCUCAAUGGAACAUCAGAACAUAAAAAUGAAAUGGAUGUUUACAGGCUUGAUUUGUGUACUAAAAAAUGGCAAUUAUUAUGUCAAGCUCGUGGUCAACACCCAAGAACUGAUGAAAGUCUUAGACGUGAAGUGGCCUAUUAUGAUAACCAUUUGUACAUGUUUGGUGGUGCUCAUGUGAUGAUUCUACUAAAAAAUAUGUUUCUAGACACAUUUGAAGAAAUACAAGUGUUUGACAUAUUAACUAAUAAAUGGCAAUAUUUUAAAACUUUGCCUGAUCUCCAGAAUUCAUCAUCAUCUUAUCCUGCAAAUCGUUGUUAUUAUGGAUGGGCACAAUGUGUGACCCAACCAGAAUAUGUAUAUAUGAGCGGUGGUUCUGAUAAUUACAACUUUUUCUCAGAUAUUUGGCGACUGAAUCUUAUUACUCUUCAGUGGUGUAAUCUUAUGCCAUGUAAGCUACCAAAAUCCAUGUUUCUGCAUUCAUCUACGGUUGUACCAUCAGGUCGCAUUUACUACUAUAAUGGAAUAGUUAGUACUGAUUCAAUUGAUAUACAUCAGAAAGAUGACAUACUGUGUGCAUGGGUUAGAAUCCCAAAGUUAAAGGCCAUGUGUUGGGAUGCCAUGUUAUGCUAUUUCAAAAAUCAAAUGUUAAAGUCGUCUCUAGAAGACUUAAAGGAUUUGGGGUUACCAUCAGAGUAUUAUGAGAGCAUAAUUAAAGCCAAAACGUUAGUAUAAAUACAAUGUAUACUUAAAAUAUUUUAUUCAUUUUCAUCCUAUUUUAAAUGUAAAUGUAUAAUUUAAUAUUAAUUUAUUGUUUUAGACAUUAAUAUUCAAGUAUUAUAUAUAUAUAUGUGUAUAUAUUAAUAUUAUGUAUUUUGUGUAUGUUACUAAUUGUGUACUAUUGUGUCAAAUUAAAUAUUUGCAUUCAUCAUAUUUUUUGAAUUUUUUA